CGGAAGUAAGGUAUGCGGAAGUGACGUAAUGCGGUGCAUUCGGGUAAACAAACAAAGGCAACAGCGCCAAUAGCAGAGGUAGAAGAAAAACAAGCCGCAUAAUGUCCCGAGGACAAACAUGGAGCUGCGAGGAGACCCAGGCGCUUAUUGCUGUGUGGUCAGACGACUAUGUCUCACAGCUGCUUGCGACAACACACAAGAACAUUCACGUUUUUAAUUUGUUCAGCGAAAAGAUGGCGGCAUGGGGAUUCAACAGAACGGCGCAACAGUGUCGCAUCAAGGUGAAAAAACUGCGACAGCAAUAUAUAAAGGUUCGUGACUCCAUACGGAAUAAUGGUUGCUUUGGGGACGAGAAGGACAAAUUUCCUUGGUACGACCAACUGGACGAAAUACUCGGAACAAGCCGUCCCAAGCAAGAGUCUUUACAAGACAAUCAUGCCGUUAUAACGUCGAUUAAAACAGAGCCAGAUGAUGAUCUGUCACAGUGCUCCGUUAGUCAAGAUUGGUGCACGAAUGGGUCCAGUGAAAUUCAUCUCGGUGACGAGAGCACAACCAGCUCAGCUCAGAGCUCAGAGAGCCCCCGGCCCGAGCCAGAAACUAACACCUUUCGCUGGACAGUUCCUGGCGCCGAAAGCAAGAAAAGAAAAAGUAGGGUCGAUCGCUUUGACAGUUUUUUGGAAAGCUACAUGCGGCAGAAGAGGCAAAUGGAUGAGGCCGACCGAAGACGGCGGGACGAGGAGAGAGCUGCGUUUGAAACGUUUUUGAGAAUGCAGCAAGAAGCGGAUGAGCGGCGGUUUAAAAUCAUGCAGGAACAGCAGCAAGUCAACAACCAACUACUGUUGCAAAUGAUGGGGAUACUGGAUCAAGUUGUAAAACAUUUAAAAAAAUAAACGACUUGGGGAUCAACUAAUACAUUAAAGAAGAACUUUACAUUCAUGUCUAUCUGCUUUUAAGUAGUCCACUCCAUAUGAGAAGUGUCAUUCUACAUGAACACUUUGGCUUUGCUACAUUGUUUUAAUUUUUUGUGUUGGAUAAUUGACCACCAAGUUUAUACUGUGUAUAGUCCUGGUCAACAGAUGAUUUACUGCUGUACAACAAUGACUUCAUGUACACAUUCCAGCUGCAGAAAAUAUGUCUGUAAAGCGGGGGUGUUCAAAACUUUUUUUAUUGCUAUUUUUAAUUAAUUCUUUAAAACUAUUUAAUUUAUAUUGUUUUUUUGUCUUUGCAUUGUGCCUUUUUAUUAUUUUCAUUUUUGCUGUUUUCUGUCCUAUAUUCUAUUUCUAUAACGUGCCAACAACCAGUGGUCGCAAAUGGCCCCCCGAGCAGCACUUUGGACUCCCCUGCUCUAAAGUCAAGCACCGCCGAUGUCUUCCAACUAAAAAUGUCCCCAACAUUUGCACAAAAAUUGACUGCAAGUUCAAACCACUGCACAUUUUUCUUUUUUUUUUUUUUUUUACGACACGUCUCCCCAAAGAACAGCCUAAACAUGAGAGAGGAGAAAAAUAAUGUACUGUAAACAGGAAGUUAUGUGAAACACGCUGACUCACAUACCUGUUGUCACCUGGUAUUUGUACUAUGGUUAACCUCUUUUUUUCACUUGUAUUACAAGUAAGAAGUCCAAUGAGUAUUAUAGUGCAGGUUAGAUUGUUUUUACACUUGUUUGUGGGAUUGUCAAAUGUUACUUAAAAAGAUUGGCUGUACAGUUCAUAAACGUUUUAUGAUGUUGUCAAUUUGACUUUGGAACAACUUAUUUCUAAUUGCAUAAAUUCU